CCGCUAGUUGAAUAGGCCUGCUUUAGUGUGUGUGACGUCCCCCCUCGUAGCCACUUUGGCAAAACAAACACUUUAACAAUUAAAACGCUGAAUUCGAGAAGAUGCGCGCUAAACUAUUGUUAGGUUGAAAGUCAUGAAGGUAUCAUUCGCCAUGGUUGAUGGGAUGAGUAGUUCCUUCACUUCAUUGGAUCAUUAGUGAUGUCCCAGUCUGACCACACAUGAGGCAACUCAUCAUUGGAUGAGUGUUGAAUGGGCGGGACUAAUACCUUCAAAAGGUACAGGUGCACUGAACCUGUUUCCGAUUUGUCGUGUGAGUCUGGGUGUAUCAGAGGUCUCAACUCAGGAGGAUAAUUUGCUUCAGGUAGGCCUAAAAGCAGUAUCAAACCCAUUUGUAUCGCUUGCUUUUAUCGGAUAUAAAAACAACUGAGCUACCGGUUACUCUACAUUAGAGUUUAGUGAGCUGAGCUACUACCGGUUAAUCUACAAUCAUGUUUAGAGAGCGUUGCUUCUGGUUAUUCUACAUUGAAGGGCAUCGCCCAGGUUAAUUCACAAUGCUACAAACAAGCAACUGAGUCGUAUAGCUAGGCUUCUGAGGCAUGAAGCUAGGCUACUGAGGUAUGGAGCUAGGUUACUGAGUCGUGUAGAUAGGCUACAUAGAUAUGAAGCUUGGCUACUGAGGUAUGAAGCUAGGCUACUGAGGUAUGAAGCUAGGCUACUAGGCUAGGGACGUGCGCCUCCCAAAAAUCGUAACCUUCCGUCGAGGCCUACUAAAACCCGACGCAGGACCAUAAAGGUUCAGGACUGCGUUUGCGUGGUCAUUGCGCUUCGUGAACGUGGAAGGAGUCGUUUUAUCUCACACUCUGAAUUGGGAAGUGAAGUCACUUGUAACUUUGUUUCUCCUUGAGACGCUUUCACAUGCUGGGGAAAAGUCUCUCGCAAUUUUGGAUUAUUACUGAUAUCCAUAUUAGUCAUAUUUAUAUCAUAACAUGUGUGUAAAAUAGUUUAGGCUAGUUUUUGAGGCUCACGUUUUCUAUUGAAUACAUAAAGUAAAACUUCACAGUUUUACACUUCAGUAGUCCUAACGGUGAGAAUCAGUUCUGAUCUGAGAGCAAAAUAUGUUUAGGCAUAUCAGAAUGACCUGUAUGUAUUUAUUUGUAAUUAUUUAAAACGAAGAAAACGAAAAGGUUUUCUUUCUUUUUUAAAUGUCCUAGCCUAGCGUAAAUGCAAAUACAACUUCCAAAUUUCAUUAAGAGUUGGAGUAUUAAUGUUGUUGUAGUAGGCUAAAUGCACAUUUGACAAAAAAGUAUACAUCAAAUAUUGGCCCUCUGGCCUAAAAUAGGCCACUCACCUAUUCCAAGAUAAAGGCCUCUAUAUACAGUAUAUAAAGCAGGUACAGCACAGGCCUCGUAUGGACGUAUUUUAGUCAUCGGUUUAUUAGAUGUAUGUGUUAGCCUAUUUAGUAUGCACAUGCGUGGCAGUCGUGGAACGAACUAAAGUGUGCAUCCGGUUUUUUAAUGAGCGUAUUCGUUAUGAAUGUGUUUACUAUCAAUGUAUCUAUUAUUAGUUGAUCUUGUAAACCGACUCUUCCAGCUCAGUGACUUCGGCUCGGGUUAGUCACGACUCUCCGCUCAAGGCAGGACUCCGCUCCCUCGCAUUCCUCCAGAUGUUUAAUAGCACGUGUUUAGACAGCAGCUUAUCUUACCUGGACACGCACUCCGUGAUUUCAGACUUUAGUGUGUGUGACGUCCCCCCUCGUAGCCACUUUGGCAAAACAAACACUUUAACAAUUAAAACGCUGAAUUCGAGAAGAUGCGCGCUAAACUAUUGUUAGGUUGAAAGUCAUGAAGGUAUCAUUCGCCAUGGUUGAUGGGAUGAGUAGUUCCUUCACUUCAUUGGAUCAUUAGUGAUGUCCCAGUCUGACCACACAUGAGGCAACUCAUCAUUGGAUGAGUGUUGAAUGGGCGGGACUAAUACCUUCAAAAGGUACAGGUGCACUGAACCUGUUUCCAAUUUGUCGUGUGCGUCUGGGUGUAUCAGAGGUCUCAACUCAGGAGGAUAACUUGCUUCAGUCUCACGGAAAUACACGACAUUGUCACGUCAUGUGAUUUAAUCUACCGUAAUUUUCGAACUUUAAACCGCGCCUUUUUUCCCAUUUUGCGAUUCUGCGGUUCAUAUAACGGUGCGGUUAAACCGCACCGUUCUUUGAAUUUUAUAGCCAACGGCCACUAGGGGCUUCCUAAAUCAAUGGAUUUUUAAGCGGCGGGCUCCAGUGCGGCUUAUGUUAACAUCAUUCAAUUUAGCUGCUGCGACUUAUAGUGCGGAAAAUACGGUACAUAUUCAUUCGUGAUCUGUGACACGUAAUUUCAAUUUUAUGGUCACGUAUUUCCGUGAGACUGGGGUGUGUGUCUGUGUUUGUUGCUUCUCAUCUCCCAGAAACGCCUGCUGUCUCCGAAGAAGAAGAUGAAUACUUCUGGCAAGAAAAAUGUCCAUUUAGAAUUUAUCCAAAAAAAAAUGAUUGUCUUGUCUGACAUUCUGUACGACCCAGAAUUUGUUUUGGAUCACUGUAUGCAGAACCAACUAAUAACCUCGAGAGAAUUUAAAAAAAUGAAAGAUGAUUCUUCGGCAGCUAUAUUGCGUAUAUUGCUGCUAAAAGGGGAGGGUCGCUGUCAGAAGUUCAUCUCCCUGGUGCUGAAGGACCCCGAGGUUAUGAAAACCUUCCCCAGGCUCAAAGACCUGGACUGGGCCUCCUUGGACUCCCCUCCCCCCCCCGGUCCAGAAAGAACCUCCAUGCCAGGCCAGGGCCCAAGCCCGGAGAGGAGAGACGGACCGGGGUUUGGAGGCCAUCAGGCUCCUGGAUCUUCGACCAUGGAGAAUGAUGUCGCCACCCCACAGAGCAUGUCAAAUGGGUCUGAUGUGACUGAGCAGCAGCAGACCGGAGCCGCAUCGAUGAACCCUGAUGACUUCGAAAGAAGUGGUGAAGGAGUAAAAGAAGGGGGGAAUAUGGUUUACUAUUUGGUAGAUCUAACAUGUGUCAUAAAUGCAAAAUGGCCUUUUAAGUUUAGACCGAGGAAAUCAAGUAGUAUUUUGCAUCUCAUAUCUGGAAACAAUAGUGUGAAACAAUCAUUCACCCCAGAGCUUAUCCGCCAUACUAAAAUUCUUCCAAGUCACUAUCCAUCAAAGAAACGUCACGACUUUACUAUAGGCCUAUUUGAAAAAUCACUUGUAGAGGAGAGAUUUGCGUCUGACAAAAAUAAUUAUCGAUAUGAAUUUAAAGAUAUAAACUUCAAGCUUUUUUGUUGGGAUAUUUCUGGAAAAGGUACAUUAGACAAACAAAUCCAACUCUUGAACAAAUUAUCUGAGGCCAUAAGUAAGUUUCUCAGCGAGAGUCCUAAAAAAAGACAUAGAAUCAAAAUAAGGCGCCAAUUAUUGGAAUCCCCUGCUUUUACUCCCGAACGGCCAACAGUUCAGGAUAUCUUUCUUAAGGUUAUUGCCCCGUUAGUAAUCAAGUAUGUGCUAGAACAACUUGUUUUGUCAGCACAAAUUGACGUUGACAAAUUCAAAGCUGCUCUUCAUGAUUUCCCUGAAUCCUGCCUAGAGAUAGGCGAUACGUUGUCAUCAUGGGAUAUUAACCUCCAACCGUCUCCUGGGCAAACACGUGUUCUGCUUAAAGUAUUACCAUGUGUAUUGGACACUAUGAAGGACAAUCCAUUUGUUCAAAUUAUUCUUGACCUGGAAAAGAUUAGUCUGCUUAUAAUCACACCAGUUAUUAUGCCCCGAAAUGUUUCAAAUGUGAUAUUGCAAAUCAACCGGUUUUUGGAAGAUCUCAAAAAACUUUUUCCAGACGAAAUCACAAAACAAGAUGAUGAUUUGAUCCACGUUCCAUCCCGACUCGAAUUAUUGAUUCAUCUUUUUGAUUAUAUGUGCGAGAGUUUGAAAUCAAAUCAAGGCGAUUUAGACAAAUGGUUAUUAAAAGUGAAUUUAGAAAAAAAUGAGUGUUUUAAUGAACUAAAUCUAAAUAAUGAAUGCAAUCAGAAUGCAAAUAACCCACAACAUUCUAUUACAUCAAGUGAGGGGGAUAACAGAUCAGUUUUGAAUGUGAAAAACACGCUUAAUUUUAACGGGAACUUGAUGGACUCGAAUGAAGUAAAAAUAAAUAGUGUGCGCCCAUCCAAGAGAAGGCAAAAACAUAGAAAGAAUCAAAUGAGGCAAGAGCGGGAGGCUGGGGGUAAAAGGGUGAAACAAUCAUUCACCCCAGAGCUUAUCCGCCGUAGUAAAAUUCAUUCAAGUCACUAUCCAUCAAAGAAACGUCACGACUUUACUAUAUUUGAAAAAUCACCUGAAGAGGAGAGAUUUGCGUCCGACAAAAGGAAUUAUCGAUAUGAAUUUAAAGAUAUAAACUUCAAGCUUUUUUGUUGGGAUAUUUCUGGAAAAGGUGCAUUAGACAAACAAAUCCAACAGUUUAAUAAAAUGUAUAAGGCGGAAGCCAAGUUUCUAAGCAAGAGUCUUAAAAAAAGACAUAGAAUCAAAAUAAGGCGCCAAUUAUUGGAAUCCCCUGCUUUUACUCCCGAACGGCCAACAGUUCAGGAUAUCUUUCUUAAGGACAUUGCCCCGUUAGUAAUCAAGUAUGUGCUAGAACAACUCGUUUUGUUAGCACAAAUUGACGUUGACAAAUUCAAAGCUGAUCUUCAUGAUUUCCCUGCCUCCUGCCUAGAGAUAGGCGAUACGUUGUCAUCAUGGGAUAUUAACCUCCAACCGUCUCCUGGGCAAACACGUGUUCUGCUUACAGUAUUACCAUGGGUAUUGGACACUAUGAAGGACAAUCCAUUUGUUCAAAUUAUUGUUGACCUGGAAAAGAUUAGUCUGCUUAUAAUCACACCAGUUAUUAUGCCCCGAAAUGUUUCAAAUGUGAUAUUGCAAAUCAACCGGUUUUUGGAAGAUCUCAAAAAACUUUUUCCAGACGAAAUCACAAAACAAGAUGAUGAUUUGAUCCACGUUCCAUCCCGACUCGAAUUAUUGAUUCAUCUUUUUGAUUAUAUGUGCGAGAGUUUGAAAUCAAAUCAAGGCGAUUUAGACAAAUGGUUAUUAAAAGUGAAUUUAGAAAAAAAUGAGUGUUUUAAUGAACUAAAUCUAAAUAAUGAAUGCAAUCAGAAUGCAAAUAACCCACAACAUUCUAUUACAUCAAGUGAGGGGGAUAACAGAUCAGUUUUGAAUGUGAAAAACACGCUUAAUUUUAACGGGAACUUGAUGGACUCGAAUGAGGUAAAAAUAAAUAGUGUGCGCCCAUCCAAGAGAAGGCAAAAACAUAGAAAGAAUCAAAUGAGGCAAGAGCGGGAGGCUGGGGGUAAAAGGGUGAAACAAUCAUUCACCCCAGAGCUUAUCCGCCGUAGUAAAAUUCAUUCAAGUCACUAUCCAUCAAAGAAACGUCACGACUUUACUAUAUUUGAAAAAUCACCUGAAGAGGAGAGAUUUGCGUCCGACAAAAGGAAUUAUCGAUAUGAAUUUAAAGAUAUAAACUUCAAGCUUUUUUGUUGGGAUAUUUCUGGAAAAGGUGCAUUAGACAAACAAAUCCAACAGUUUAAUAAAAUGUAUAAGGCGGAAGCCAAGUUUCUAAGCAAGAGUCUUAAAAAAAGACAUAGAAUCAAAAUAAGGCGCCAAUUAUUGGAAUCCCCUGCUUUUACUCCCGAACGGCCAACAGUUCAGGAUAUCUUUCUUAAGGACAUUGCCCCGUUAGUAAUCAAGUAUGUGCUAGAACAACUCGUUUUGUUAGCACAAAUUGACGUUGACAAAUUCAAAGCUGAUCUUCAUGAUUUCCCUGCCUCCUGCCUAGAGAUAGGCGAUACGUUGUCAUCAUGGGAUAUUAACCUCCAACCGUCUCCUGGGCAAACACGUGUUCUGCUUACAGUAUUACCAUGGGUAUUGGACACUAUGAAGGACAAUCCAUUUGUUCAAAUUAUUGUUGACCUGGAAAAGAUUAGUCUGCUUAUAAUCACACCAGUUAUUAUGCCCCGAAAUGUUUCAAAUGUGACAUUGCAAAUCAACCGGUUUUUGGAAGAUCUCAAAAAACUUUUUCCAGACGAAAUCACAAAACAAGAUGAUGAUUUGAUCCACGUUCCAUCCCGACUCGAAUUAUUGAUUCAUCUUUUUGAUUAUAUGUGCGAGAGUUUGAAAUCAAAUCAAGGCGAUUUAGACAAAUGGUUAUUAAAAGUGAAUUUAGAAAAAAAUGAGUGUUUUAAUGAACUAAAUCUAAAUAAUGAAUGCAAUCAGAAUGCAAAUGACCCACAACAUUCUAUUACAUCAAGUGAGGGGGAUAACAGAUCAGUUUUGAAUGUGAAAAACACGCUUAAUUUUAACGGGAACUUGAUGGACUCGAAUGAAGUAAAAAUAAAUAGUGUGCGCCCAUCCAAGAGAAGGCAAAAACAUAGAAAGAAUCAAAUGAGGCAAGAGCGGGAGGCUGGGGGUAAAAGGGUGAAACAAUCAUUCACCCCAGAGCUUAUCCGCCGUAGUAAAAUUCAUUCAAGUCACUAUCCAUCAAAGAAACGUCACGACUUUACUAUAUUUGAAAAAUCACCUGAAGAGGAGAGAUUUGCGUCCGACAAAAGGAAUUAUCGAUAUGAAUUUAAAGAUAUAAACUUCAAGCUUUUUUGUUGGGAUAUUUCUGGAAAAGGUGCAUUAGACAAACAAAUCCAACAGUUUAAUAAAAUGUAUAAGGCGGAAGCCAAGUUUCUAAGCAAGAGUCUUAAAAAAAGACAUAGAAUCAAAAUAAGGCGCCAAUUAUUGGAAUCCCCUGCUUUUACUCCCGAACGGCCAACAGUUCAGGAUAUCUUUCUUAAGGACAUUGCCCCGUUAGUAAUCAAGAAUGUGCUAGAACAACUCGUUUUGUUAGCACAAAUUGACGUUGACAAAUUCAAAGCUGAUCUUCAUGAUUUCCCUGCCUCCUGCCUAGAGAUAGGCGAUACGUUGUCAUCAUGGGAUAUUAACCUCCACCCGUCUCCUGGGCAAACACGUGUUCUGCUUACAGUAUUACCAUGGGUAUUGGACACUAUGAAGGACAAUCCAUUUGUUCAAAUUAUUCUUGACCUGGAAAAGAUUAGUCUGCUUAUAAUCACACCAGUUAUUAUGCCCCGAAAUGUUUCAAAUGUGAUAUUGCAAAUCAAACGGUUUUUGGAAGAUCUCAAAAAACUUUUUCCAGACGAAAUCACAAAACAAGAUGAUGAUUUGAUCCACGUUCCAUCCCGACUCGAAUUAUUGAUUCAUCUUUUUGAUUAUAUGUGCGAGAGUUUGAAAUCAAAUCAAGGCGAUUUAGACAAAUGGUUAUUAAAAGUGAAUUUAGAAAAAAAUGAGUUUUAAUCAACUAAAUCUAAUUAAUGAAUGCAAUCAGAAUGCAAAUGACCCACAACAUUCUAUUACAUCAAGUGAGGGGGAUAACAGAUCAGUUUUGAAGGUGAAAAACACGCUUAAUUUGAACGGGAACUUGAUGGACUCGAAUGAAGUAGAUAAAAUAAAUUCUCUGCGCCAAUCCAAGAGAAGGCAAAAACGUAGAAAGAGUCAAGAAAUGAGGCAAGAGAGGAAGGCUGGGCGAAAGAGGGUGAAGCUCUAAGGUGGCCUACAUACGUGUAGUGCAUUUGCGUGUUUGUGGAGCUCAGACUUGACGUGGAGGGUCGUCAGGCAGCUAACUCUCACAGAGGGACUGUCGGGCCUGAAAUGUUAUGUCUCUGUUCUGCAGAACAUAUUGAUACAUUCUGUAGGCCAGGGGUUAUUUUAUAAAAAAUAAAAAAAUGCAUUUAAGGGUGUAAUGAUACGCGUAUUCGUAACGAAGUUUUUCGGCAUGGGUCUGACUGUUCGAUGCAGGUUUCAUUUCGGUGUGUACAGAAUUUAUUUUUUCUUUUAUUUGAUUUAAGAAAAAUGUUUUCAUUGAUUUUCACACACUGUCUUUGUCUUGUCAUGAUGUUUUGUGUUGAGGACCAAAAUGGAAAUAAGCCCUGGACUUUAUUGUGUCUUUUUAUCCUCAAUUGUAGUUGAUGUAUUUUCAUGUGAUAUAUGUAAGGCAUUUGUUUGAUACAAUUUAAUAAAUAAUUUGUGCCAUAAGAAAAGCAUAGUUUACAUU